AUGAAUCUUACACAAAUGCAUCAAUGUGGCAAUGUCAAUUGCCAUUGUCAAACUAAGAAAAGUCUUGUUAAUGAUUAUAAUAGAGCGACAUUUACGCGAACAGUUUAUCAAGUUGAUGCCACAACAAUCUGUCGACUUAUUAAACGAAAUGAAUAUCAUUGUUUAUACAAAUCGUUUGGACAACUGCUUUACCUCGCUUCAAAAGAUCGACAACGGAAGAAAAGUCGACAUCAGAUAGAUAAUCUUCUGUUAUUGCAGAACGUGCAAGAUCUAAUUCCAAUAGCGAUUCAUUGGAAUCCAGCUCAAUGCACCACUAGUGACGUCGAAGAUCUCGUCUCACUUAUCGAUCCAUUCAUUUCGCUUCGAGAACUGUUCUACGACGUGACUAAUAAUGAUACUUCAAAUAAACAAUUGAAUCUCAUUGGUCUCAUUUGUUUUUAUGGUGGUUCAGUCGAAGUGUUUUUUUCCUAUGAACAUUCGAUCUCGAAAUGGCUCUUCUGCUUCGAUGGGAACAUCACCGUCGUCAGUGAUUGGAAUGCUGUUCGAAGCAAAUGUAUUGAUUUUCAUCUUCAACCGUUCUUGCUUAUAUACGUUAAUUCCAAACAAAAUCCUGUUGAUAUAACUCAAUUACUCAAACGAACUGUGAUUCAGGAGAAAAUUGUACCUUGCGAAAGAAGAUUAGAAUCUUUCAAACGUUCAAUGACAAAACAGGAACCAUAUCAAUCAAGUGACAAGAACUCUCCGCACGAAUUAGGCGAUAUGUCAAAAAUCUCCUCAUUUGCUUCAUUGAAUUCUUCUAUGUUAUUCCUACCAAAAUCAUCAUCAUCAUCAUCGUAUAUCAAUCAAGAAACAGUCGCUAAAGUCAUGCAACAACAACUAUCAAAGAAAGGCGAAUCAUUAUCAGAUAUCGCAUCACCCCUCGGUCAGAGUCGAACCAUCAAGCAACAAAAGUCCGAUGAGAUAUUGUCAAGUGCAGAUUCGUCAACGUCAUCAUCAUCAUUUUCCUCCCAACGUGAUUCUGGUUUAAGUAGCGGUAUCACGGACGGUUCGAGUGAUGAUAGCCUUGCCGAUAAUACCGAUCCGACUGAUCAAAUGAUGAAUGAUACUCAUCUCGAUAUGUCAUUAGCAUCAAUUGAAUAUUAUCUCGAACAAUCGUUGAAAUACGAAAGUGCAAGUCAUUAUUCAUCAGCACUAGAAUCGUGUCAACGCGCAUUAGCAUUAAUUGAUCAGAUGCUGCAUCUCUAUCAAAAAACGAACACACGGUUAGCAGUCUAUUUUCGACCGAGGAAGAAUAGUUUGUUACUACGAAUUCGUUCGUUGAAAAAACGACAGAUGGAAUUCAAAGAGUCAAACGAAAUUCCAGUUGUAAUCGAAAAAAAUCAAUUGGAAACGAAAAUGUCAAUACUAACGUCGACAAGUCGGCUAUCUCGGCCGAAAAAGAAUGUGAAAUUUUCCGAUAAUGUCGCACUGAUUGUUCCGACCUUCGAUAAUGAUAACGAACCGCCUCGAGAACAUUUGAUUCAUUCUUUUCUGAGAAAUAUUCAUCAACAGCAAGAUUCUGAAUCUGAGUCACUUUCGUCAUCAAUAAACGAAAUUCCGAUCGGUUUAAUCGAAUGUUCACUCUGUCAUAAACGAGUUUCGGAUACGAAUCAACUGGGAAAUUAUUGUUCGAAUUGUCAUUUUUAUAUGCAACGAUUUCAACCGAUUAAUUCGUAA